GUGUCACCGGGGCACAUGCUAGAGAGACCCCUCCGUCCCCCUCUACCUGGCAUCUCUGACGCCCUUGAAUUCGAGCGGUGGCCCGUUGCCCGUCACGGGCGUGAAAGCCGUGUCCAGGGCGGUGCUGUCCAAGCGGACCGUCUGGCGGAAGAACGGCAUUUGCAGCAUCCACUUUUCUAGUGGCCACGUUGUCAAAGCAAAAAGGAAUGAGUGGAUUAAUUUUCACAGCAUAUCGGCACUUAGUUCGGUAGACCCAGCCUAUUGUAAUUUCACGAUCUCACCAAUGUGACAUUAUUGAGGAGAUCCUUUCUUUCCCCCUGCGUCUGCCUUCAGUGUGUUUUGUGCACUCGGGGGACAGCUGAGGUCAGAGCAGCCGCCCGUGGCUGGUGGCGACUGAGCUGCUCAGCGCGGCUCGAGAGCCUCUUGCCCGUUGACUGAGUGCUCAGAAGUGAGGCGUCAGAGGCCUCCGCUCUGCUUCGGCCACGUAACCCUCCAGACGUGUGAACAGAAACCCCGCGUAAACCUUCCAGUGUGAGCUCCGGGGGCUGGCUGGAGCCGAGCUCCACGUUUCAAUGUAGGGCCUACGCUUUGGGCUUUAAUCCCUGUCUACAAGCGCCGACCUUCGCGGGAGCUCGUAGUUUUUGUUUAAACCCCCAUUUAGUCUUGGGACAAAUGAGCCAUCCUACUAUCUGUGCGAGAAAAAAGAACAAGAGAUCUGCUCCGGGGACACACCACGCCUCCUAGUUCAGGAAGACUUCCUCUCGUGACCUCGCUUUGCUUUCCCAGCCGUGACGUGGGGGAGAGUUCAUGCGUCUCUUUCCUGCCACGCGGGUGGCAUUCGCUGAGCAAUCGAGGAGGACCACGGCCCCUGCACUCGGUCCCGGGGGGGGCACCCGGCGCCCCGAGGAGCUGCGGGAGGACAGAGCCCCCCACCCCCACCCCGGCCGGCCUGGUGCUGCUGGCCGAGCGUUCUGGAAGCAGGGGCUGUGGAGACGAUGAAUUUGAAGAGAAAGAUUGUGGUGCUGGUUUCAUGUGUGUUUUCCUUCCUGCUGCUGGAGCAUCAUCUCAGGCCUCCCGCAGAAGAACUCAGGCUCUCAGACUGGUUUCAUCCUGGAACAAGGACCAUAAUUGUGUUUCCCACACAGACCACUACAAGGACCGAAUGAACACCAACACAGUGCCCGGCACGUGGAAACGCCCUGAUGUUGUAACAAUCACAGACUGGCUGGCCCCAGUCAUAUGGGAAGGCACCUUCAAUAGACAGGUCCUGGGGAGAUACUACGGGAGACAGAACCUCACCAUAGGCUUGGCUGUCCUUGCCACUGGCAGGACUGCGGACCAGUACCUGGAGCUGUUCAUGCGAUCAGCGAACAAGCACUUCAUGAGCGGCUACAGAGUUGUCUUUUACAUCAUGGUGGACGCCUUGCCCCGGCUGCCGGACCUGGAGCCAGAUCCUCUCCGAACUUUCAAGGUCCUCCCCAUCAAAGGAGACCGGUGGGGUGACUUUCACCUCACACGCAUGAGUUCCCUGGCCGAGCACAUACUAGGGCACAUUGAGGACGAAGUCGACUUUCUGUUCAGCAUGACCGUCAACAGGGUCUUCCAGAACGACUUUGGGGUGGAGACCCUGGGCGCGUCCGUGGCUCAGCUCCAUGCCUGGUGGUAUUUUAAAAACAAGGACAUCCCUUACGAGAGGAGGCCCGAAUCGGCAGCGUGCAUCCCGUUUGGGCAGGGGGACUUCUACUAUGACGGCUCGGUCAUCGGUGGCAGGCCCCUGGAGGUCUUAACCCUCAUCGAAGGUUACCUGCAAGGGGUCACUCACGACCACAAGAAUGGGCUGAACAGCACCUACGAGAGGCACCUGAACAAGUAUUUUUUCACGCACAAGCCCACCAAGCUGCUGUCUCCCGAAUACAGCUGGAACGCGGCACUCCGGCCCCCUCCGCAGGUCUGGUCGGUCAAGGCCACGCGGCUCUCCCGCCGGUACUUCUGACCCGCCGGCUCCUGCGAACGCCCGGCGGUAGGUUCCCGGGGUCACGGGCGUCCUGACGCUUUCCUGGCUUCCGGGGCUGGCGCGUGCACACCACCCAAGGGAAAUGUUUCUCCUUGCCGUUUGGAACUGUCCAGUUUGGCCCGUGCAGGAUAAAGAAUAAAAAUGAUUAUUUAAUGUC